AUGGCGCCGCUGCCGCUGCUGCGGCGCGCGCCGCGCUGCCAGCCCGCGCGUGCCGCGCCCAGCCCCGGCGGCGCGGACGGCGCGCAGCCAGUCAUGCUCAACUGGCACACCCUGUGGCUGCAAGAAGCCGGCGCCGCGCGGCCCGUCCUGUUUGGCAACAGCUACGUACUCUACCCCUCGUCGCCAGCCUCACCGGCCCCGGCAACCGCCGCCGCGGGCGCCGCCGCCCAGCCCCCGCCCGGCCUCGUCCCCUGGCGCCGCCCCGGCGGCCUUUCUGUCCGCCCCACGCCGCCCGCCGGCGGCGGCCUCGUCAGCGUGCCGCCGCUCGGGCCGGUGGGGCUGGUGGCGCUGCCCGUCGGCGAGACUGGCAUAGUGCCCUUCGGCGGCGAGCCCGUUUGCCUAAUCGGCGACGGCUACAUCGAAGCCGAGGCCGUCGACGCCGAAGUCCUGCCGCCCGCAGAUCACAUAACCUCGGACGCCCCGCCCCUGCCGCCGACGACGACCGCGCUCGCGACGCGCCCGCCCGCCGCGCGCGCGACGGGCAUUGUACCGCGGCCGACGGGGGGCGACGGGCUCGGCGCGGGCGGCGGGGACGGCGCUGACGAGGACGCUGACGAGGACCAGGAGGUUGUUUAUGAGUCAUUCAACACGUUCUCCCCGAGGCGAGGCCACAAGAUCAAGUUCACAUGCCGCCGCUGCGGCGCGACGUCGAUCCGGCCGGUCAACAUACACGCGUGGCGCGAG